AUGCCCUACAUGGGUGAAAGUAUCCGUGAAGAAGUCGAAGUGGCGCUACAUGAACAUCGUUUCCUUGUUACCAAGUUACUCGAGUCCCUUAAUACGGCGUCGCUUCCUCCUUCGACAAUUACAGCCACAAGAUUACGUACCGUAACUGAGACAUUUCAAAAAGUAUUGGCAAAAGAUGGAAAUUUAUUAGCAGCCGUGAAAAAAUUAUCUCGACAUCAAGUGGCUCAAACGGAAUUGCUUCGGAUUAAGACGGAGAUUGCAAAUAAAAAACAAAAAGUUGUUGAAUAUGCAACUCAAUUGCAUCGAUCACAAGAAAAUGUUGCUCAGGUGUUGAGAAAACAUCGUGUCGUGCUGCAAAAUACCAAGGAAAAAGCUAAAGUGGUGCUGGAUCCUCGUGAUCUUAUCGCUUAUGCACACCGUAUUGCUGGCACGACAUCAGCACCGAAAGAGUGGCAGCCUGGAUUUCCAAUGUUUGGCUUUAUGCCUCCAGCACCACAGGAACAUAUGAUGCGUGCAGGUGUGUUAAGUCGUGGGAUUGUCGCUGAAAUUGUCACGCAGGGUCCGGAGCUAUACACGUCAACUGCAGCUCGAGUGAAGCAGGAAGGAGACGGCCAUGAAGAUAUUGAGAAACUUGAUAUUCCAAUUGGAUUGGGUGCAAGUGAUGCGCAGAUUCGUAAGCAGAUGCCACCAGGAUGGAAACCGGGCGACCCAGUUGAUCUACCACUUGAUGCAUUGCUGCACUACAUGGGUCGAAAUUUCUUUACCGAACACGGGAUUACCCUGCCAGAGUCUUGGAAAAUGGGUGACGCAUUGCCUACCGAUGCGAUGGAGAUUUUGCGUAAGAAAUUCAAGCUGCCGGAAAAGCGAGCGGCUUUGUACGACGACGAGGUGGUUGAUGAUGUCGAGACUUUGCGCAAGAAACGCAAAUUGGAAGAAGGUGAAAAUGACGGGACUGCUGAAAGUGAAAGUUCCAGUGACUCGAGUGACAGUGAUGAAGAAGCUCCAAACACAAUUUCACUUAGCCUCUCGUCAUCCGAAGACGAUAGAGAUAGCGACUAA